CUAAAAAGCUUUCGCCAACGUAUGCGACAUUGACAGUGAGAGGCGGCAUUUCAAUCGGAUAACAUGUUGUUUCGAGCGGGAGUGUGCGUUUUCGGUUUCAAUCAACAGUAAAAUUCAAAUUUUACUGAAGAUCUCUGUUCACUUCACGGCUAGAUGAAAUCGUCCAGAACGUUCGUGUUUUGUGUUCCGAUAGAUUUGGGAUUUCACAAGACAUUGAAACAAUAUAAUGAUACACUACACUGCUCACGAUAAAUAGUAUCCGGAAUAUAUAAUAAUCGAACGUUACUACAACGGAGGUGCAAAUCAAGUACUGUGUAGUAUAUUUUAUGUGAUUCAAUAAGUUACCAAACUCAGAAUAACACGAAUGGAUAAUGGGCAUUUGUUUGGAUACAGACAAAAGCAACACCGUCCAGGAAGUGGACGAGUCGGACUGGAAAGGUGGCGGAAGGGGCGGCGGCUCCCGGUUAGCCAUUGUCGGUUCCCCUUCGCUCGGCGGUGCCGGCAUCAACCCAGCCAACGGUGGCACCAUGCAAAACACCGGCAAAGUCAAGUUCGACCCACCGAAGGUGCCGGUUAUCUUCGUACUCGGUGGCCCCGGUAGUGGUAAAGUGACCCACUGCGAUACACUGAUGCAGGAACGCCGUGGUGUCACCCACAUCAAUAUGAUGGACCUCCUGCAGCAGUACGCCAUCGGUAACGCAGAUAUGCAGGACUUUUCCCAGCUAUCAUCCCGAACUGUUACUGACGUACUUAUGCUCGAAAUGAAAAUGUCACCAGCUGCCAAAACCUACCUUGUCUCCGGAUAUCCGCGUUCCAUGAGAGAUGUGGUGGAGUACUCCGAAAAGAUCCAGGUGAUCAACGGUGUGAUACUGAUAUCCUGGCGCCAAACAAUCCUUCAACGUCAAAUCGACUAUGGCGCUAAGUUGGGCCACGUGGUACUGUCACUUGCGAAGAUGGAACUUGAAAAUUUUUUCAAGAAUGUAAUGCCAGUCGCUGACUAUUUUGAUCAAAGUGACAUGCUUAUUGCGAUAAAUGGUGAACGCGCACCUUCAGAGGUGUACAAAGACUUCCGGGCGGCAGUGCUUGACAUCCUUGGCGCACAGGAAAACCAGGAAGCGCUGUUGAACGGAGUUGCAGGUAUGGGUAGGGGCGUAGACGACAUUCCCGGCAGUAUAGUUAGCGUAGAAACGGCACCUAGUCAAAAUAAAGUUAUUGCAGCUCCUGCACAUCAAGUAGAAAUCAAUAAUCGCGCUCGGUCACCAACACCGCCACCACAACCCGUGGCGGGACCUGCUGCAUUACUACGACAGCAGUCCCGUGCUAGCCUAGGAAUGCAGCUUCAGCCUCGUCAGGAUAGUUCUACGAGGCUUAAUGUGCCCACGAUAUCCGGCGUAAUACCACCGAUCAUUUGGGUGAUUGGCGGACCUGGUAGCAAUAAGGCCACACUCUGCUUGAAAGCGGUUGGUACCAACCCCGGAUGGGGUCACUUUAGUGUUGGGAGGCUGCUUAGAGCUAUCGCUGAAUCAGAUCCACGCCUUGGCACGGAUAACUAUGCCGUAAAAGAAGCAAUUACAGCCGGUGAAAUGGUUCCUAAGAAGUCAUUAGAGAGACUACUAGAGGCGCAACUAUCUCAGUUGCACGACAAACGAGGAGUUAUCAUAGAUGGUUAUCCGAGAGAUAUGGAGCAAGUAGGAGAUUUUGAGGAGAAGUACAAUCAAAAGCCGCCAAUUAUUUUACUGGACUGCUCGAAGCUUCAGCUUGGUCGGGGUAGACUCGAUGACACCGUAUCUUCCUUCCGCAGGCGACUUGAAUUGUUUCGUGAGUUAACGCUGCCAAUGCUGAAGGAAAUGGACACCGCUGGACGGUUGACCAUUGUCGAUGGUGAUACGGACAGCCCAACGGUGCAGCGAGAGUUCGAACGCAUCGUUCGGGAUAACAUCCAGAAAGUGCUGCAGGACAACACUGGUAGUGAGAGCAUUACACCGGUUAAGCUAGGCAGCUUCAAAAGUGCAAUACAGCAAGCUCGAAAGCCGGAUGAUGCGAUCGUGCAUGAUUUGGACGCCGACGUACCGGGAGUGGUGCCGACCAUCAGUCAUCACGUGAGUUUGGCAAACGGUCAUCUCGGGGGAGGAGUCAUUCCGACGGGUGCCAAAAAUGGCUACAUCCCCAAUGGCAGACCGAAUUUCCGGAACAUGCUGGAAGAGGCGGAUAAUUUUGAUUCUCAUAUGUGAACUUAGGGAGUGCAUUUUAAAUGUUGUAGCAAGAAGUACAAAGCGCGACGGUUUUGUUGAUUCCGCGAUUUAACCAUAUAAAGAGAAGCACUUAUUAUUUAUAACACUCACGUAAAAUAAAAUCCCAAAUAGAAAUAAGAGAACUUUAGGUUUUUAAGAAAAAUGAAAAGGAAUAUAUAUUUUUAAAGUGGCUGGGUGCCAAAAAGUUGGUGUAAAUUUCAGUUUCUAUAGUGGUAAAUCCCACAUAUAUGUUCAAUAAUUGAAAUUAGUAGUUUGAAAGAGUAAAUAACUUAUAGUCGUUGAAUAUGAUCUUUAUAUGAUUAGUUUCUUCUAAGAUGUCGAACGCGAAGAGUUACUACCAAAGAAACAAUGAAGGGAUUAUAAUUUUGUAUGAAAAUAUUUUAGGCUUUUUUAAGAAACCUGCACCGAUGAGUGUGUAAAACGCAGGACUCCUAUUGAAUUUUACUGCACGCAGUUUUUCUCACACGAAGCAAUAUUCUUUUUAUGUUGUUUCGUAUGUUAGGAACUGCGUGUUGUAUGCUUGAUGGAUAUAGAUUAAAUUCCAAUAAAAUGAGGAAUUAUCAGUCGUUUAAGAUGAACAAAAAUAUCAUGUGUAGAAUAUAAUAGAUUAAGAUGAUAACUAUAUUGUAUGAAUAGAGCUUUAAUACUCUACUUUUAGAUCACUUUAUCACUGAACCAACAAUAAUAAAUAUGUUUA